CUUACCCGAUUGAUGCGCGUUUCGUGACUUUCGUCUUAAUUUGAGAGUUUGAAUCUGCAAACAUGGGGAAGCUAAACGUUGCUUUGUUACGUUAUCUGUCGACUGAAGAUUUUCGCGUGCUAACGGCCGUUGAGAUGGGCAUGAAGAAUCAUGAGUUUGUUCCAACAGAACUUGUGGCUGCUAUAGCACAUUUGAGGCAUGGAGGCUGUCACAAAAAGCUGAAAGAGUUGACUAAACACAAGCUGGUGGCCUACGAACAUGGAAGAGUUCUUGGAUACCGGCUGACAUUUUCCGGCUAUGACUACCUGGCACUCAGAGCCCUGGCGUCCCGGAACAUUGUAGAUUCGGUUGGCAAUCAGAUUGGUGUUGGAAAGGAGUCUGAUAUCUACAUUGUAGCAGAUGAAGAAGGAAAGCAGCUAGCUAUGAAAAUACACAGACUUGGAAGAACAUCAUUUCGUAAGCUAAAGGAAAAGAGAGAUUACUUGGAGCAUCGUCAGAAAACUUCAUGGCUCUAUUUGUCUCGUCUUGCUGCUGUUAAGGAAUUCUCCUACAUGAAGGCACUGUACGAUCGGGGUUUUCCUGUGCCAAAGCCUGUUGAUUUUAAUCGUCAUUGUGUCAUCAUGGAGCUGUUGAGUGCAUAUCCUAUGUAUCAAGUUCAUGAUGUGAAGGAUGUAGAAAAUACUUACAAUGAUCUGAUGUCUCUGCUAGUAAAAUUGGCCAACCACGGUGUCAUUCAUGGAGAUUUCAAUGAGUUUAACAUUAUGAUGGACGAAGAGGACCGUAUCACAAUGAUUGACUUUCCGCAAAUGGUUUCAACUUCACACGAAAAUGCAGAGUGGUACUUUGAUCGGGAUGUCAACUGUAUUCGAGCUUUCUUUAAGAAAAGAUUUUCAUAUGAAAGUGAACUUUACCCAAAGUUCACAGAUAUUGAAAGGGAAGGUGCUCUAGAUGUUGAAGUUGCAGCUAGUGGGUUCACAAAAGAAGUUGAGACAUCGUUUAACGAGGCUACUAAAGGAUUAGACCUUUCUGACGUCGGUGCAGUGAAUCCACACGGUUCUGAGCAGGAAUCUACAUCAACAGACGAGGAAGGAGAUUUAGCUGAGCAUAAGGGUGAUGUCAGCCUUGCUAGGUUACUACCUCUUAGUGAACACACAUUGUCUGUUGAAGAUGCAAAGCUGGCAGACGGAGCCAAAAAAUUGGCACUAAGUGGAAACGAAUCUGAUGAAAAACUAGUGUGCAGUGUAAAUGAAGAGGAACAGGCGCAUGAGACGAUAUCAACACUGGAUGAAUCUUCAGAACAUUAUGAAAACGAUGACAGUAGAGAAUUUUAUGAUGAAGCCGAAGAUUUAAGUACACAUAACAAGUCUGUCCGGCCAUUCAGAGAUGAGGCUAGCAGUGAGCCGUCGCAUAUGCAGCAAUUUUCUGGUAGUGAGAAGGAUGCUGUAAGCACUAGCAGCACAUCAAAUAUGGAUCCAGCUAAGAUUAGAGCCAGAGUUAAAAAGACUCUAGCACAAAAGCACAAGCAACAGCAAAGACGGAUUCGGGUGAAAGGUGAAGCGUCAUCUGCAACUGAGAAAAGGAGGGACCACCAAGAUAAUAUAAAGCAGAGCAUGUCAGUUGGAGAUGUUUGGGGUUAAUAAUGCGAGCCCAUGUUGAAGUGAAAGAAAUGAGUAUGGUUAUAACAGGAGUAUAUAGGCUCUAACGAUUGCAUGGGCUGAUAAUAUGGUGAAUAAAUAUUAUAUGUAAUUAUUGCAUAGAAAGGUCUGUAAAACUGUCCUAUAGUAAUUAAAUAUAUGGCUCCUUAAUAACGCUCAUAGGGUCCAUGUCCCCCAGGGUACUGCCGGAACAUACCCUGGUAACUAUCU